AGGUGCUGUGGGCGAUCUGUCCCGGUGCUCCCGUCUUCGUCUUGCCCUGGACUCCUUUGUUGGAAACGGGCGCACUGGCUGGUGACGCGAUUGUUAAAGUCUGGCUUUUCGCGGCUCCAAACAGUGCCUUUGAGUCACUGCUGAGGACUUCGGCAGGACCCUUUUCAGAUGCGGACGUCUGAGGAGUUGAUUUAGUUCCCGCCAGCCUGCUUAAAUUCAUUCCUUCAGCUUCUGCAAUUGAGGGUGGGAGUGACGCUGGCCUUACCAUUGCUCUCAGACUAGAAGAUGAAUAAUCUUUCCUUCAGUGAACUGUGUUGCCUGUUCUGUUGUCCACCAUGCCCAGGGAAAAUUGCCUCUAAGCUGGCAUUCUUACCUCCUGAUCCCACAUACACACUGAUGUGUGAUGAGAGUGGUAGUCGCUGGACCUUGCAUCUCUCAGAGCGAGCAGACUGGCAAUAUUCUUCUAGAGAAAAAGAUGCCAUUGAGUGCUUCAUGACUAGAACCUGUAAAGGCAACAGGAUUGCCUGUAUGUUUGUGCGUUGCUCACCUAACGCCAAGUACACUUUGCUCUUCUCACACGGAAAUGCUGUUGACCUGGGUCAGAUGAGCAGCUUUUAUAUAGGACUGGGUUCACGGAUUAAUUGCAACAUAUUCUCCUAUGAUUAUUCUGGAUAUGGUGCAAGUUCUGGGAAGCCUACAGAGAAGAAUAUGUAUGCUGACAUUGAUGCCGCUUGGGUGGCUCUUAGAACAAGGUAUGGUAUUCGCCCUGAAAAUGUGAUUAUAUAUGGCCAGAGUAUAGGAACAGUACCAUCUGUGGAUCUUGCUGCUAGGUAUGAAAGUGCUGCUGUAAUUCUUCAUUCUCCGCUGACCUCAGGAAUGCGAGUAGCUUUUCCUGAUACAAAGAAGACGUACUGCUUUGAUGCAUUCCCGAACAUUGACAAAAUUUCUAAAAUAACAUCUCCUGUCUUAAUAAUCCAUGGAACUGAAGAUGAAGUAAUUGACUUUUCACAUGGCCUGGCAUUAUUUGAGCGUUGCCAGAGACCUGUAGAACCACUGUGGGUAGAAGGAGCGGGCCAUAAUGAUGUGGAACUCUAUGGACAGUACCUUGAAAGAUUAAAACAGUUUGUGUCACAGGAACUGGUGAACUUGUAACUUUCAUUGUGUAUUUACUGGGUUUUUUUUUUCAUUUCACUGCAGAACUGCACACUUUGAUAAAUAUGUAACUUAAAGCCUGAAUCUUGUGUUUUCAAAUCAUCUUGGUUGCCUUCAUUAAAUCUACAGGUAAUGAUUUGUCAACAUAAUUAAUGAAGGUUUUAAUGUCAGCAUUAUAAACUGGAAUUACAUGAUCAUGCAGUCAGACUUGGCAGUUCAUAUUUCUUUGUGUGAGGUUUUUUCUCCUUAGAUGUAAAGAAAAAAAAUCACAAGGAGUACUGUAAGAAAAUUUAAUUAUAUAAAACCAAAUGCUGUAAAAGUGUUGCCAAGUGCUUUAGCAUAUCAAAACCAAGCUUAUAAAUAUUUUUUGAACAUCUCAAAGUGUACUGUGACUUACUCUGUUGCACAGGUGUAAUUAAAAAACUGACUUCUAAGCUUUUGUUCUGUAAAAAUGUAAUAGCCAUGAAAUUUAAGCAAAUACUAAUGUAUGUAAUGAGAAUAAACAGACACUGGAAAUUACUAAUGCCCUUUUACAGGAAGAGGGGGCAAAAUAGAUAUCUUUUCCCAUAGUUUUCAUUUAUUUUGUGCUUAGUUUAAGUUUACUUUUUUUGUACUCAUAUUGUCUCUUAGCUUUCAGGAUAAUAAAAUAUAUCCACUCAUGUUCUCAGGAGCCCUAAUCUUGCCAAAAUAAUUCCACAAGUUAUCAUUGUUGUAACGCAAGUAUCAUUCACAUGAUUGCUACUGAGGCCAUAAAAUACCUCUUUGAAACCAGACUUAAAACCUAGAAGACUUCUUGAACCAUGUAGUUUUAAACAUUGAUUUUCUAGAGCCCCAAUGUGUCAUUAAGAAGAAGCUUGAAGUUUAUCCAACAUUGUAAUAAAGAGUUUGCAAAUUAGCACUGGUCUGAUCAGGUUUAAUUUUGGAUGUUUCAUGUAAAAACUUACUGGAUUUUUUGAGUAUUGUAUGGAAAUUUUACUAAUCAGGUCUGGGAGGGGUGGGAGGAUUGGCAAGAAGAUAAUAUUGACAUUUUUCUACUAACUUAUAAUGAAAUAAACUUAAGUUACCUUUCCCUGCAUUUUACGUGAAUAAAACUAUGAAAAAUAUACUUAAUUAUAUGUAGCCUAAUUGUGAACAAAAUAAUAUUCCAACAAUACACACUGUACUUUUAAGGCCUUACAUAGUUUAAUUGUUCUCCUUGGUUUUUGCAAUUGAGACUAUUGUAUACUUAAAUGUGUAGCUUUGAGUAUUGUGAAAACUUUGAUUAAGAUGUGUUGAUUAGCAGUAAACAUUAUUCCACAAACUUGCAGUUCUUCCUUUUUGUUUUUAUUCAAAGUAAUAACAGCAGUUGCUUGCAGUAUUAAAAUAGCAACUCUCCAUUUAUUCAAGGAAAUCUGACACCAAAAGCAAUAAUUCAUUGUUCUGAAUUGCCAGCACAUUUUUUUUAUCAGCAGCUGUUUUGAUCACCCUCCUUUCCCCCAUGCCUCACCUUACUACAAUUUGCCAUUCAGGACACAGGCUUUCUGCUGCAAAGUUGCUUGUAAACUUUUUUUCUGUAAUGAAUUCUACUAUUUCCUUCUUUGAAAUUAAAAUUAAUUAUUGACUUGUGCACUUUAAGUUAAUUGAGUAGAAAGAAGUUUAUUCUCAAGCAGCUAUGUUCCUGCCUGAUUUUUUGAUCAAGGAUGUUUCAGUGAGUUCUGAAAUUCAGAGUAUAUUCAAAACCAACAACAUUAGACUUAAGGAUUUUCAUCCUAGUUCAAGGCUUUUGGAUACAGGUGUGUAACUCGGCUUUAUUACAUCAUAUUUAAUACAUAGUUUGAUUUCCUUUUCAUACUACCUUCUAGCCACUAUGUCCAAUGGAAAUCAUUACCAUUAAAUGUUUUAAGUGCUUUCUUAAAUGUGAUGAAUGAAGCCUGUUUUGAGAUUCACCUUCAGGAAUUCAGAAAUAAAGAGUGUAGAAGUGCAAUGUUAAGUGAUAUACAUUGGCUGCAGGCAAAUUAUAACUGUCAUCACAAGAACUAUCUGAUUGUGCCAGGGGAUAUUUUGGCACCCUGUAAUUGAAAAAGACAGAAAAGGUGUCGUAGUAGUUUUGCUGCUUUUGUUUGUGUUUUGUUGAAGCAGAACAAAAGAUCUGACUAGUAGUGUUUUGUCUUUAGUAUGUGCAGCUGUGCUGGACUGCACUUGUGAGUAGACAUUCUGGUCUCUUUUGCACCAUUUGUGUAUGGUUAAUUAUUGCCAUUUUGUGCUGAUUUAUGUUCUAUAUUUGUGUAUUUUUUCAGAUGAGUUGUAUGCAUGAAGGAAUUUAAAUGGGUUUUAGGCACAGCUUAGCCUGUAGUGCUGAUGGUAUUAUGGUAGCAAACUUGUUAGUGACAGAACAGCAACUCUGAGCUGUUGCAACGAUGAGGAAAACAUUUGACAUCUUGACUGUCUUAUACCAUCCUUUUGGUGAAAUUGACAAUGGGCUGUUGUUUAAUGUUACAGAUGCAAUUGUCUUCUGAUAAAUAAAGUUGAUUCAGUAUUCAAUGAAAA